UCCUGAAAAUUCAAGCCAAAGUGCAACCUUACAAUCUACCCCACAGUUUGUUUAAGUGUUUCCAAACCUUCUCUAAUGAGACUUAUUUUGAACAACUUCCGGCAGAGAAACUAUCAGCAACCUGCUUAUUGCGUUAUAUGUGGUCAGAUGUUGGGAUAAAGUGUCGUAACAUGACAAAGCCUGAAUUAGACUACAUUGGAGAUUUACUAGGGAAGUUUCUAGAUCGUCGUCGUAAGCGCCAGGCCAAUAGACGUAGACGGCGUGAGUACAGGUCUCUAUCCCAGGAAGACAGGACCAUCUACCAUAAUGCCGUCAGGUCCCUCAAGUCCCGCAACCCACCUCGGAACUACGACACAAUAGCAAGAUAUCACCAAGCCAAUGUAGGAAGAUCUGCUCACGGAGGUCCUAAUUUUCCUGGCUGGCACAGAGUAUUUCUUCUUAUAUAUGAGGAGGCCCUCAUUGAGGCCAGUGGUGGACAGCUGCAGGCUCUGCCUUACAUAGACUGGCGGCUGGACUCCCGUCUCAGUGACUCCACUCAGUCUGUCCUAUGGACUCCGCAGUUUCUCGGAACAGGAAAUGGUCUCGUAAACAAUGGACCGUUUGCUAACUGGGCUGUAGAUGGCUCGUCACUCAUCCGAAAUGUAGGAAUUGGACCUCGGCUUACAUCUGACGCUGAAGUCCGACGCCUUUACAGAAUUCGCAGUGUCCGUAGAUUUGGGACAGAUCUGGAGUUCCUCCAUAAUACAGGCCACGUAUAUAUAGGAGGAUUGAUGGCAGAGGUGGAGAGAGCUACAUUUGAUCCAGUAUUCUUUAUGCAUCAUUGCUUUAUAGACUAUCUCUGGUGGCGAUUCCAGUGUCCAAAUAACAGAUGUAGAAGUGACAGGUUUAGGUAUCCAGGCACACGCAGCGAUGGAUUACACGCUCCAAACAGAUUUAUGGAUAACUUAACAUUCCAAAACCUUCGCGUUCGAAACAGGAGAGGCUACGAUCAAGAAUGGUUGAAUUAUUUCACGUAUGAAAACUCGCCUGCAGAAUGUACAACUGGUUGUUCUUCUCUUUCAAAUCCUGGGGCACUUGACUGUCCAGAGACCACCUGUAGAUCUGUCAGGGCUGGUGGAAAUACAGGAGGAAAUGGGGGUGGAAACGGAGGAAUAGAUUAUUAUGACUAUGAUUAUGGUGGAUUUUCUCGACAGAAGCGACAAGCCAUUCCACCACCUCCACCUCCAAUCAAGCAGUCUUUCCUAAACAAUGAAUACUUCCUAGCUCGACCAGUACAAAAUCUGUUUACAAUUAAUUGUGAAAGUAAUUCAUAUCAGUGGGGAUUCAUUCCAGUCAAAGUGGUUAAUGUGCGGUCCAAAAAAGAGGUCUACAACUCGUAUCCAGUACAAACUGGUAAAGUUCUUGUGUCUACAUCAAAUGAUAUUUACGAUCAGUUGCCAGACAUAAAGAAAAUAGAUAGACUGACGAGGCCAGGUCAACCCAAAUAUUAUCAAAACUGUACAACUGACGAUUCCGGAGCAUUUCGGGUCACUAUCAACUCAUACGGCUUAAAUUACUACGGUUUCUAUCAAGAUUAUGCCAUUAUGGACAACAGAGCACCCCUGUAUUCUGCGAUGACGUACAUUGCCGUCAGACGUCCGACUAAAAAUAAACCCAGCAAAGUCUACCUGACAUCUUUUGACAACUGUGGAAGAUUUUGUACUCCAAAAUGUCUUGUGCCUGGUUCUAAACCUCCAAGGUACAGAACUUGUACAGGUGCCAUAAAAGUUGACGACAACCUACCACGGGGGUAUGGCGCUACGUAUGACGACGCAGUUCUAAUGUAUUACAGUUUCCAGGGUGCUGGAAGUUGCCCUGGUACUAUUGAGCAGAAUGUUCCUAUCAUAUUUUACUGUAAAAAGGAAGAUAACUGGCUACCAAGGGCAACAAAUUCUAUAUAUUUUUCUUAAGUUUCUAAAUAAAUUAUCAAGGCUGUGUAAAGAACAUUGUUCACU